CAUACAUCUCUUUCCUCUGGCAUCAUGUUUUUCAAUAAGGAAGCGUGUUUCAGCAAGCGCGUGCCGAAGGAAACCAUCCACACAUGGUUGGCUCACGGAGGAAGAAUACAUUCUGGAGAAACUGGUGCUGUCGCGUCUUACUUUUUUGCCGCCAGUCGUGAAGACGAGUGGACCAGUAUACUUUGCAGAAGAUCAGUAGUGGUGAUACAUAUGGGUUGGAUUUUGCACUGCGUCGCGAAUUCGUUUCGUGUUCCGGUCGCGCAAUAUAUACUUGAUGAUGGCUUUGAUGCUGGGUCACCUUUCAGUCAUAUGGGAUUCCAAGAUCACAAGUUCACUCCAGUAGUUUCUCCUCGAUAUCUACAACGGGUACCUCAACCCUUGGUGCCACGGAGUCAACCACCAACACCUUUCUGCAUCCCGCCGAACGCCCUCCAGAAACGAAAGCGCCAGAGAGACAGCAUUGCCUACCCCAACGGUGAAUUAGGAGAUAGCCUUCCGCGACGUCCACGUAAACGUCGGAUGCUCUCCUUGAAGCUACCAUCCCCAUCAGCGGAAAUUUUAUCCGGCAUUGCAAUCACAGAAGAACAUGACUCCACAGUUGUCAAACAUAACCAUAACCAUAGAACGCCUCGUGUCGUCACACCAGACAUAUGCUUCGCAAAUACUCCCUCCGAUAGCCACACACCAUCCGUUCCCCGUUACCUUACUCCCUCAUUCAAAGCUAUGCCGAAAAAUGAAUCCCAGGUCUCAUCAUUCCACGGUUCUCCACAAAACGAUCAGGGGAAUAAGAAACCCAAUUGCACCCAUGAAUGUACCCCUGCAUAUACUCUCACCGCGGAUGGUACUAGACUUAUUACGUGUCUUAAUGACUCCCCUCCUGUGCCCGCCAUUGACUUCACUCGACUCCAAUUUCCGCCCAGGAACCAUUGCCGCUUUCCUCUUUUACGUUUGGGAUCAGUAAAUGCGACUCUCAAAGUCGGGAGCAGGGAGGGUAGUGAAGGCUCUGCGGGGCCAGCGUCUUCAAAUUGCGCGCUCAUUCGCAUGGUUUCACAGGGUGUACAUCCAGCUACACACACUCCAGGCAGAUCAGCGGUGCCAGAAACCAGUAGCAGUGGACACCACGGGGGUAGGGGAACCAGAUUGCAUGUCACACACCGAGGCAGCCGAGUGGGAUGCUCCAGCUCUCCUACGCAUCUUGGCGAAGUGGUUGACUCCAGAAGCGAAAUGGUGACAUAUCACAUAGACCAACUUAUACGGACGAACAAACGUGCUACAGAUCGCGAUGAUCUUCAAUCUGCAACGCUGUGGGAGAGCAACGCGAUCUGGAAGGGCAUGAGAUUUUGGCAUGAAGACCUGAAAAAGACAUCAGGAAAUGGGAGCUCUGACCAGAUGAUGUAGUAAAACAUGGAAUUUUUAAAGUGCUGCCCAUAUGUCGACUUCAAAUAACAUCGCCCCGGGAAGGUUUUGCAAGUUGUAAUACUACAAGAUGAGGUAUCCUCAAUGCCAGAAUUUCGCCAUGGAGUACGAACUAUCCAUGCGCGUCUGCACCAUAUUAUGGCUUACAGAUCUAAAGUACCUUUUGUUACCCUUCACGUCUCUCCGUACUAUGACUUGCUGUAGCAAUGUCCCAGGCCUGGCUGGGCCUAGUUCUGGUGGGUUUGUAGGUAAGCGUAAUAAAUCGUCAGUCAAAUGAUUUACCAAUCCCGCAGUCGAGGGGUUUCCCUGCAGGCUCCCUAGGCAAUAGAGUGACUAGAC